AUGUUUGUUCCUAAUCGUAUUCAGGUGAAUAGAAAAAGAUAUCAUGCAUUUGGCUGUAUCUGUGCUGUUCUCUGCAGCUGAGAGAGAGACCUGGCAAUAAGCAGCAAAUGGCAACAAGAAUAUAAUGGCAAAGUGGCUUCAUGGCGCUGCCAAUUUCAUUAGCAUGCAACUGGAGCUCUCCUAGUCUGACUCUCUCGUUCUCUCUCUCUCUCUGGGUGUCUCAACACAUUGUCUUUGGAGUCAUAUUUCUAUUGUUUAAUACCCAGCAGUUAUGGUUUCCUCUGAAUGGAGUCAUAAUACUGUAUGUUGGGUUUCAGCACACUUAAUGUAUUCCUAUAAUGAGCUCUCCUCUUUCACUCACGCACGCACACACACACACAGGACCAGGUCUGGAUUCAGUACAGGCUGAGUUAGCAGCAGGUCUGGGUUCAGUACAGGCUGAGUUAGCAGCAGGUCUGGGUUCAGUACAGGCCGAGUUAGCAGCAGGUCUGGGUUCAGUACAGGUUGAGUUAGCAGCAGUUACUGUUAUAGAGUUUAGGAGCAGAAUGAAUGAACACAUGAAUGAAUAACAACAUACUCUACUUGUUACGGAUACAGGUAUCCUGUGUUUUUGUGUGUUUCUCUCCUUCUGCCCUAAUCACAGGUGUCCUGUAUGUUCCUGAUUGGUGGUCGUUGAGGUGUCUGCUGAUUGGACCAAUCAGUGAACAUUCCUGUGAAUUGCACCACCUGUUACUCGUUUGUUCAAUCACACAUCCCAUUUUAUAAAAACCAGACUUGUGUUUGUUGCACGAGAGAGAGAGACUUUUUGCCAUAUGUGAGUAUGGACACGGUGGUGUCCUGUGUGUUGUGUACGCACUAAGUUGUUGGUUACCCUAUUGGUAACAUUAUUAGAAUAUAUUUCUUUACCUGAGUGUGGAUACUGUUGUAUCCUGUGUACUUAUUUAAUUGCUGAUUACCCUGUUUAGUAGCUUUGUGUGUUUUUUUGGGGAAAAGGGGGGUUUAAGCUAGUUGCCCUUGGGCGUACAUUACCCGUAGGAAGAAAUCUGUCUAUAAACACCAGUUAGACCUGAGCGGACCACCCACUGUAUUUUUGUAUGGUAGCAGUAGCCUAGCGGUUCUUCAGGCAGGCUAGAUCAGUUUAGGGGGUUUUACACUAUUGUUUCAUUUCUUGGGUCCUGCUCAGCCCUUUUUCCCAAACCUUUACCGUGUGUUUAGCAAUAAACCAUUUAAGUUUGACGGUAGCUCAUGGUUGUUGUGUCAUUUUUGGUUCUCACUGUUCCAGGUCACACUUAUAAUUUGCAUAACUUAUGUUACGGGUCUCAUGUCCAUCCACCCUAGACGUUUAGAGCCACGGGGUUCGUAACAUAAAGUGGCGGUUCGUCCGGGAUCCUAUCUAUCCCAUGAUACUCAUGUAAAUUAGUCAGUGUCUGGUUCAGUGUUGAGCUUGGCAGCUGUAACUACCUGUUUUUUUUGUGUGUUCAGUAGUCGACGGCUCGUGUUGCUAGUAGGAUGGCUACUUUUGAUUUGGAAGCAUUUUUGGAAAACCCUACGUGGGAGAUUUUUGAUAAUUGCCGUAGAGUGGAUCUACAGGCUUUGGCUGACCACUUUUCUGUACCCAUACCGAGGGGUUUAGUGAAAGCAGAAGUUAGGGAAGUAGUGCUAGCGAUAUUGUUAAACGAGCGAGUGCUUGAGUUACCGCCGCCUGAGUCUGCUGCUCCUGUAGGGGAUGUGGUUGCUGUUCCUGUAAGCCCAUCAGUGUCUGAGGACGAGGCUAAGGCUCCAGCCACAUUGCCCCGUUAUGACCCACUCUCCCCACUGACUGACAGUGAUGCCAGGAUCGAUGUCCGCUCUACACGGCUCCAAAUGGAGGCGGAAGAGCGGGCACAAAUCAGGCAAGACAAGCUGGAGAUGCGUAAAAUGGAGCUAGAGGCAGAACAGGAGACGCGUAAGAUAGAACAGGAGACGCGUAAGAUGGAACUGGAGACGCGUAGGCUUGAUCAAGAACUGGAGACGCGUAGGCUUGAUCAAGAACUGGAGACGCGUAGGCUUGAUCAAGAACUGGAGAUGCGUAAAAUGGAACUAGAGGCAGAAACAGCGAGGUUAGUCUCUGCUAAUACUAUGCCUGCUAGUGAGCCAUCCUCACCAGCUGUGUCAUCUGCUACGUUUGAUAUUAGUAGGCAGAUCACCUUGGUACCUGUGUUCAGGGAGUCAGAGGUUGAUUCCUAUUUCAGUGUUUUUGAACGUAUAGCGGUAGCAUUGAAAUGGCCCGACGAGGUAUGGUGCCUAUUACUUCAGUGUAAGCUAACAGGUAAAGCCCAAGAGGUUCUGGCAGCGCUACCUCUUGAAGACAGUUUGAAUUAUGAGGUGGUCAAAGCUACUGUUCUUCGUGCCUAUGAGCUUGUUCCUGAGGCAUAUCGACAGAGAUUUAGGUCUCAUAAAAAGUCUCCUACUCAGACCUAUGUGGAGUUUGCUAGAGACAAAGGAAAUCUGUUUGACAAAUGGCACAGUGCUAGUAAGGUAACUGAUUUUAACUCUCUACGGGAGUUAAUCUUGUUAGAAGAGUUUAAAAAAUUGUUUACCGGAACGCAUUGUAGUUUAUCUGAACGAACAGAAAGUAUCCUCACUGUCGGAAGCGUCUGUAUUGGCAGACGAGUUUGUGUUGACGCAUAAGAGCGUGUUUUCGGCUCGUACGGAGAGCAGGGCUGCGGAGUUGCUAACUUCUAGUCCUAGUCGACCAGCAGUACAUCCAGCACGCCCAAAAGAUGUGCGUCACUGUUUCUAUUGUCAUAAGGUGGGACAUAUAGUUAAUGAUUGCUUUCUGCUAAAACGCAAACCGGGGAUGCCUCAGCACGCCAGGCCGCCAACGGGUGUUGGGCUGAUUCGUACGGUUGUAAGGCCGGAAUCAAGACAGAAGCCUCAUAGUGAAUGUGGUUUGAAAGUCCCUGUCCCAGAUCACAGUUAUGAACCGUUCAUUUUUGAGGGGUUUGUUUCUAUAUCAGAUGAUGAAGCGUCUCAGCGUCCAGUUAGAAUCCUCAGAGAUACUGGUGCGGCGCAGUCGUUCAUACUAGCUGAUGUGUUGCCCUUGUCUAAUAAUACAUAUUGUGGUUCCAGUGUGUUAGUACAAGGAAUUGAAAUGGGUUUCGUCCCAGUGCCAUUGCACUUUGUGAACGUACACUCUGAGUUAGUCAGUGGAUUGUUCAGAGUUGGCGUACGUCCGAUGUUGCCAGUAAAAGGGGUGACCUUUAUAAUGGGCAACGAUAUUGCCGGAGGAAAGGUAAUACCCAUAUUGGAGGUAUUGGAUAAAAGUGACCAGUCUCUCUCCGAGGAGCUGGCACAGGGUUAUCCAGAUGUGUUCCCCGCUUGUGCUGUCACACGUGCUCAAGCACGACAAGUGGGUGAAGUGGUAGAUUUGUCAGACACGAUUCUAUUCAGAGAGUGUGACCCAGAGGAUAGUUCGGGUGCUACCUCUGGUAAGCUGGUGCAGUCUGACCAACAGCCCAGAGAAAGGAAGAAGGAUGUGGAACUUGUUGCUGAGGCAAUACAGUUACCAGUUACUCGUGAGCAGCUGAUCGCUAACCAAAAGGUUGACAUUAGCCUGGCUAAAUGUUUUUCUAGUGUUGUCUCAGAGGACGAGCUAAAGAAGAAAAACAUGGCAUACUUCAUUGAUGGUAAUCUCCUCAUGCGUAAAUGGACAUCCCAUGUUGACGCUGGCGGAGAUUGGAAUGCUGUUUACCAAAUAGUGAUUCCUACAGCCUUUCGACAAAAUGUUUUAUCCCUCGCUCAUGAUCACCAGUGGUCCGGACAUCUGGGAGUCACCAAGACUUAUGAUCGAGUUUUGCGACAUUUCUUUUGGCCUGGCUUAAAACAAGAUGUGGCUCAGUUCUGUCGGACUUGCCACACCUGUCAAGUAGUUGGGAAACCGAACCAGGUUAUUUCCCCCGCGCCUCUUUGUCCCAUACCGGCCAUAGGUGAACCAUUCGAACAUGUGAUGGUUGAUUGUGUUGGACCAUUACCAAAAACAAAAUCUGGUAACCAGUUUAUGUUGACAAUUAUGUGUGUGGCCACCAGGUACCCAGAGGCCAUUCCUCUGCGAAGGAUUACUGCUCCAGUGGUGAGUAAAGCGUUGAUCAAAUUCUUCUCAACUUUUGGAUUACCUAAGGUGAUACAAACUGAUCAGGGUACGAAUUUCCUUUCUAAACUUUUCAAACAAGUGUUAAAAUCCUUGUCAGUUACACACCGUGUGUCAAGCGCAUAUCACCCAGAGUCUCAGGGUGCGCUUGAACGUUGGCAUCAGACCCUGAAGUCUAUGCUCCGUAAAUAUUGCUUGGAAUCUGAGAAAGAUUGGGAUGAGGGAGUUCCUCUAGUGUUGUUUGCUGUCCGUGAGACAGUACAGGAAUCCCUAGGGUUCAGCCCAGCUGAACUGGUGUUUGGACACACCAUGAGAGGACCUAUGAAAGUCCUUAAGGAUCAGUUUUUGUCACAAGAGUUGUGUGUGAAUGAAAAUGUGUUGGACUACGUUAGUCGCUUUCGUGAGCGCCUACAUGCUGCCUGUGCUCUAGCAAAGGAAGCGCUGUCUUCCUCACAGAAACGGAUGAAACGACACUAUGACACACAGGCGGUUUCUCGUUCACUGCAGCCAGGUGACCGAGUUCUUGUGUUGUUGCCUGUGCCAGGGGCGUCAUUGUCAGCACGUUUCUCUGGGCCUUAUGUCAUUGAAAAGAAACUAACUGAAACUGACUAUGUGAUACAGACUCCUGAUAGAAAACGCCAAUCUCGUGUGUGCCACGUUAACAUGUUGAAGACAUACCACAACAGACCCGUCACUCAGGUAGACAGUCCAGAGAAACUGGCCGAGUCGGCUGUCUCUGUUGCUGCUACGGCUGUAGUGGGAGGUAAUGUUAAUGAUGUGGACGGAGAUGGUUUGGAGUUGCGCAAUACUCAGCAGCAGUGUGCUAGAUUGCCAAAUUCAGAGAUGCUGUUGUCUCUCCCGUCAAGCCUGAUUCAUUUAACGGACAGACAGUCAGAUGAUAUUGUGAGACUGUUACACAGCUUUCCAUGUCUUUUUAAUGAUGUUCCUACAUGUACAAAUGUGUUAGAACAUGACAUUAAUGUUGGAAACGCUGCACCUAUCAAGCAACAUCCUUAUCGUGUCAACGUCGCUAAGAGAAAGAUAAUGAGGGGUGAGGUCGGUUAUUUGCUGGAGAAUAACCUGGCUAUGCCAAGUUCAAGUCCUUGGAGUUCUCCGUGCAUUCUGGUUCCUAAACCUGAUGGGACAUCCAGAUUAUGUACGGACUAUCGGAAAGUCAAUGCUGUCACAGUGCCCGACUCGUUCCCGUUACCCAGACUGGAUGACUGUAUUGAUACUGUUGGUGCUGCUACUUAUGUAACCAAACUAGAUCUUCUAAAAGGUUACUGGCAGGUGCCGUUAACCCCACGUGCCUCCGACAUCUCUGCCUUUGUGACCCCAGAUCACUUCCUACAAUAUGCUGUCAUGGCAUUUGGGAUGCGGAACGCACCAGCCACUUUCCAACGCCUGGUUAACACAGUAUUGGCUGGAGUUCCUAAUUGUAGUGCUUACCUUGAUGAUCUGGUCAUUUAUUCAACUGAGUGGUCUGAUCAUGUUAACACUCUAAGGGUAGUGUGUGAACGUCUAGCAACCGCUUCUCUAACCCUGAACUUAGCAAAGUGCGAGUUUGGGAAGGCCACUGUUACUUAUCUGGGUAAACAGGUCGGCCAUGGUCAGGUGCGCCCUGUAGAUGCCAAGGUCUCAGCUAUAAACGCAUUUCCCGCACCUACCACCAGAAGAGAGCUACGCCGUUUUUUAGGGAUGGUUGGCUACUACCGUAGUUUCUGUAAAAAUUUCUCUGCUGUAGUUGCUCCAUUAACGGAUUUGCUCAGUCCGGCGAGAAAAUUUGUAUGGUCUGAAGAUUGUUGUACUGCUUUCAACACUGCUAAAGCACUCUUGUGUAGUACUCCUGUUCUUGCUGCGCCAGAUUUUGAACGGCCGUUUAAACUGGAGGUAGAUGCAAGUGCCAGAGGUGCUGGUGCUGUUCUACUGCAGCAAGACCAGAGUGGAGUGGACCAUCCUGUCUGUUAUUUUUCACGGAAAUUUAACAAAUGUCAGACAAACUAUUCCACCAUUGAACAAGAAGCUCUAGCUUUGUUGUUAGCUCUGCAGUACUUUGAAGUUUAUGUUGGUUCCAGUGCAUUACCAGUGGUAGUGUAUACUGACCAUAACCCCUUAGUUUUUCUCCACCGGAUGUACAACCAGAACCAACGCCUUAUGCGUUGGGCACUUGUCAUGCAAAAUUAUAAUUUGGAGAUCCGCCACAAAAAGGGGUUAGAUAAUGUGUUGGCAGAUGCUUUGUCUCGUGUGUAAUGAUCUAGGGUUUUUUUUUGUUAUCCCGACAGGAUGAUUAUUGAAAUUUGGGUGUUGUGAUGGUACGUGUCGCAAACCAUUGUGGUUUGCUCUUUUAAGGGUGGGAGUGUUACGGAUACAGGUAUCCUGUGUUUUUGUGUGUUUCUCUCCUUCUGCCCUAAUCACAGGUGUCCUGUAUGUUCCUGAUUGGUGGUCGUUGAGGUGUCUGCUGAUUGGACCAAUCAGUGAACAUUCCUGUGAAUUGCACCACCUGUUACUCGUUUGUUCAAUCACACAUCCCAUUUUAUAAAAACCAGACUUGUGUUUGUUGCACGAGAGAGAGAGACUUUUUGCCAUAUGUGAGUAUGGACACGGUGGUGUCCUGUGUGUUGUGUACGCACUAAGUUGUUGGUUACCCUAUUGGUAACAUUAUUAGAAUAUAUUUCUUUACCUGAGUGUGGAUACUGUUGUAUCCUGUGUACUUAUUUAAUUGCUGAUUACCCUGUUUAGUAGCUUUGUGUGUUUUUUUUGGGAAAAGGGGGGUUUAAGCUAGUUGCCCUUGGGCGUACAUUACCCGUAGGAAGAAAUCUGUCUAUAAACACCAGUUAGACCUGAGCGGACCACCCACUGUAUUUUUGUAUGGUAGCAGUAGCCUAGCGGUUCUUCAGGCAGGCUAGAUCAGUUUAGGGGGUUUUACACUAUUGUUUCAUUUCUUGGGUCCUGCUCAGCCCUUUUUCCCAAACCUUUACCGUGUGUUUAGCAAUAAACCAUUUAAGUUUGACGGUAGCUCAUGGUUGUUGUGUCAUUUUUGGUUCUCACUGUUCCAGGUCACACUUAUAAUUUGCAUAACUUAUGUUACGGGUCUCAUGUCCAUCCACCCUAGACGUUUAGAGCCACGGGGUUCGUAACACUACUGAUUCCCAAAGGGAAACCUCUCUUCUGGAGUCAGUGUUGUUGAUUUGGGAGCAGAGUUCUGUUGGACCGGUACAAGCUCUACAUCUGAUCUCUCCAGCUGUACUGUUGUGUCCUGGUCCUACUGUCCUCUUGCGUCCUGGUCCUAAUAUUCUGUUGUGUCCUGGUCCUACGGUCCUGAUCCUACUUUCCUGUUCUGUUGUGUCCUGGUCCUAGUGUCCUGAUCCUACUGUCCUGUCCUGUUGUCUCCUGGUCCUACUGUCCUGUCCUGAUGUGUAAUGAUCCUAUUUCCUGUCCUGUUGUGUCCUGGUCCUACGGUCCUGUUCUGUUGUGUCCUGGUCCUACUGCCCUGGUAUGUUGUGUCCUGGUCCUACUGUCCUGGUACUACGGUCCUGUUCUGUUGUGUCCUGGUCCUACUGUCCUGUUAUGUUGUGUCCUGGUCCUACUGUCCUGUCCUGUUGUGUCCUGAUCCUACUGUCCUGGUCCUACGGUUCUGCUGUGUCCUGGUCCUACGGUCCUGUCCUGUUGUAUCCUGGUCCUACGGUCCUGUCCUGCUGCAUCCUGGUGUUACUGUCCUGUUCUGCUGUGUCCUGAUCCUACUGUCAUGUUCUGUUGUGUCCUGAUCCUACUGUCCUGUUCUGUUGUGUCAUGUCCUGCUGCGUCCUGGUCCUACUGUCCUGUUCUGUUGUGUCCUGAUCCUACUGUCCUGUUCUGUUGUGUCCUGUCCUGUUGUGUCCUGGUCCUACUGUCCUGUUCUGUUGUGUCCUGGUCCUACUGUCCUGUCAUGUUGUGUCCUGAUCCUACUGUCAUGUUCUGUUGUGUCCUGAUCCUACUGUCCUGUUCUGUUGUGUCCUGUCCUGCUGCGUCCUGGUCCUACUGUCCUGUCCUGUUGUGUCCUGGUCCUACUGUCCUGUCCUGUUGUGUCCUGGUCCUACGGUCCUGUCCUGUUGUGUCUUGGUCCUACUGUCCUGUUCUGAUGUGUCCUGGUCCUACUGUCCUGUUGUGUCCUGGUCCUACUGUCCUGUCCUGUUGUGUCCUGGUCCUACUGUUCUGUUGUGUCCUGGUCCUACUGUCCUGUCCUGUUGUGUCCUGGUCCUACUGUCCUGUUGUGUCCUGAUCCUACUGUCCAGUUCUGCUGUGUCCUGGUCCUACUGUCCUGUUCUGUUGUGUCCUGGUCCUACUGUCCUGUUGUGUCCUGGUCCUACGGUCCUGUCCUGUUGUGUCUUGGUCCUACUGUCCUGUUCUGAUGUGUCCUGGUCCUACUGUCCUGUCCUGUUGUGUCCUGGUCCUACUGUCCUGUUCUGCUGUGUCCUGGUCCUACGGUCCUGUUCUGUUGUGUCCUGGUCCUACUGUCCUGUUCUGUUGUGUCCUGGUUCUGCUGUGUCCUGGUCCUACUGUCCUGUUCUGCUGUGUCCUGGUCCUACUCUCCUGGUCCUAUGGUCCUAUCCUGCUGUGUCCUGGUCCUACUGUCCUGUCCUGUUGUGUCCUGAUCCUACUGUCCUGUUGUGUCCUGGUCCUACUGUCCUGUCCUGCUGUGUACUGGUCCUACUGUCCUGUUCUGUUGUGUCCUGUUCUGUUGUGUCCUGGUCCUACUGUCCUGUUGUGUCCUGGUCCUACUGUCCUGUCCUGUUGUGUCCUGGUCCUACUGUCCUGUUCUGUUGUGUCCUGUUUUGUUGUGUCCUGAUCCUACUGUCCUGUUGUGUCCUAGUCCUACUGUCCUGUCUUGUUGUGUCCUGAUUCUACUGUCAAGUUCUGCUGUGUCCUGAUUCUACUGUCCUGUUCUGUUGUGUCCUGUCCUGCUGUGUCCUGGUCCUACUGUCCUGUUCUGUUGUGUCCUGGUCCUUCGGUCCUGUUCUGUUGUGUCCUGGUCCUACUGUUCUGUUGUGUCCUGGUCCUACUGUUCUGUUGUGUCCUGGUCCUACUGUCCUGUCCUGUUGUGUCCUAAACCUACUGUCCUGUCCUGUUGUGUCCUGGUCCUACAGUCCUGUCCUGUUGUGUCUUGGUCCUACUGUCCUGUUCUGAUGUGUCCUGGUCCUACUGUCCUGUUGUGUCCUGGCCUACUGUCCUGUUCUGUUGUGUCCUGGUGCUACUGUCCUUUUCUGUUGUGUCCUGGUCCUACUGUCCUGUUCUGUUGUGUCCUGGUCCUACUGUCCUGUUCUGUUGUGUCCUCUUCUGUUGUGUCCUGGUUCUACGGUCCUGUCCUGCUGUGUCCUGGUCCUACUGUCCUGUUCUGUCUGUUGUGUCCUGGUCCUACUGUCCUGUUGUGUCCUGGUCCUACGGUCCUGUCCUGCUGUGUCCUGUUCCUACUGUCCUGUUCUGCUGUGUCCUGGUCCUACUGUCCUGGUCCUGUCCUGCUGUGUCCUGAUCCUACUGUCCUGUUGUGUCCUGGUCCUACUGUCCUGUUCUGUUUUGUCUUGUUCUGUUGUGUCCUGGUCCUACGGUCCUGUCCCGCUUUGUCCUGGUCCUACUGUCCUGUUCUGCUGUGUCCUGGUCCUACUGUCCUGUUCUGCUGUGUCCUGGUCCUACUGUCCUGUUCUGCUGUGUCCUGGUCCUACUGUCCUGUCCUGUUGUGUCCUGAUCCUACUGUCCUGUUGUGUCCUGGUCCUACUGUCCUGGUCCUACUGUCCUGUCCUGUUGUGUCCUGGUCCUACUGUCCUGUUCUGCUGUGUCCUGGUCCUACGGUCCUGUUCUGUUGUUUCCUGGUCCUACGGUCCUGUUCUGUUGUGUCCUGGUCCUACUGUUCUGUUCUGUUGUAUCCUGAUCCUACUGUCCUGUUCUGCUGUGUCCUGGUCCUACUGUCCUGUUCUGCUGUGUCCUGGUCCUACUCUCCUGGUCAUAUGGUCCCAUCCUGCUGUGUCCUGGUCCUACUGUCCUGACUGCUGUGUACUGGUCCUACUGUCCUGUUCUGCUGUGUCCUGGUCCUACUGUCCUGUUGUGUCCUGGUCCUACUGUUCUGUCCUGUUGUGUCCUGGUCCUACUGUCCUGUUCUGUUGUGUCCUGUUUUGUUGUGUCCUGGUCCUACUGUCCUGUUGUGUCCUGGUCCUACUGUCCUGUUCUGUUGUGUCCUGGUCCUACUGUCCUGUUCUGUUGUGUCCUGGUGCUACUGUCCUGUUCUGUUGUGUCCUGGUCCUACUGUCCUGUUCUGUUGUGUCCUCUUCUGUUGUGUCCUGGUCUUACGGUCCUGUCCUGUUGUGUCCUGGUCCUACUGUCCUGUCCUGUUGUGUCCUGGUCCUACUGUCCUGUCCUGUUGUGUCCUGAUCCUACUGUCCUGUUCUGCUGUGUCCUGGUCCUACGGUCCUGUUCUGUUGUUUCCUGGUCCUACGGUCCUGUUCUGUUGUGUCCUGGUCCUACUGUUCUGUUCUGUUGUAUCCUGAUCCUACUGUCCUGUUCUGCUGUGUCCUGGUCCUACUGUCCUGUUCUGCUGUGUCCUGGUCCUACUCUCCUGGUCCUAUGGUCCUAUCCUGCUGUGUCCUGGUCCUACUGUCCUGACUGCUGUGUACUGGUCCUACUGUCCUGUUCUGCUGUGUCCUGGUCCUACUGUCCUGUUGUGUCCUGGUCCUACUGUCCUGUUGUGUCCUGGUCCUACUGUUCUGUCCUGUUGUGUCCUGGUCCUACUGUCCUGUUCUGUUGUGUCCUGUUUUGUUGUGUCCUGGUCCUACUGUCCUGUUGUGUCCUGGUCCUACUGUUCUGUCCUGUUGUGUCCUGGUCCUACUGUCCUGUUCUGUUGUGUCCUGUUUUGUUGUGUCCUGGUCCUACUGUCCUGUUGUGUCCUGGUCCUACUGUCCUGUCCUGUUGUGUCCUGGUCCUACGGUCCUGUCCUGCUGUGUCCUGGUCCUACUGUCCUGUUCUGCUGUGUCCUGGUCCUACUUUCCUGGUCCUACGGUCCUGUCCUGCUGUGUCCUGAUCCUACUGUCCUGUUGUGUCCUAGUCCUACUGUCCUGUCUUGUUGUGUCCUGAUCCUACUGUCAAGUUCUGCUGUGUCCUGAUUCUACUGUCCUGUUCUGUUGUGUCCUGUCCUGCUGUGUCCUGGUCCUACUGUCCUGUUCUGUUGUGUCCUGGUCCUUCGGUCCUGUUCUGUUGUGUCCUGGUCCUACUGUUCUGUUGUGUCCUGGUCCUACUGUCCUGUCCUGUUGUGUCCUAAACCUACUGUCCUGUCCUGUUGUGUCCUGGUCCUACAGUCCUGUCCUGUUGUGUCUUGGUCCUACUGUCCUGUUCUGAUGUGUCCUGGUCCUACUGUCCUGUUGUGUCCUGGUCCUACUGUCCUGUCCUGUUGUGUCCUGGUCCUACUGUCCUGUUCUGUUGUGUCCUGGUCCUACUGUCCUGUUCUGUUGUGUCCUGGUCCUACUGUUCUGUCCUGUUGUGUCCUGGUCCUACUGUCCUGUCCUGUUGUGUCCUGGUCCUACUGUCCUGUCCUGCUGUGUCCUGAUCCUACUGUCCUGUUCUGCUGUGUCCUGGUCCUACUGUCCUGUCUGUUUGUGUCCUGUCCUACUGUCCUGUUGUGUCCUGGUCCUACUCCGUCCUGUUGUGUCCUGGUCCUACUGUCCGUCCUGUGUGUCCUGGUCCUACUGUCCAUGUUUGUGUGUCCUGGUCCUACUGUCCUGUUGUGUCCUGGUCCUACUGUCCUGUUGUGUCCUGGUCCUACUGCCUGUCUGUUGUGUCCUGGUCCUAUGUCCUGUAUUGUUGUGUCCUGGUCCUACUGUCUGUCCUGUUGUGUCCUGGUCACUUCCUGUCCUGUUGUGUCCUGGUCCUACUGUCCUGUCCUGCUUGUGUCCUGUCCUACUGUCCUGUUCUGUGUGUCCUGGUCCUACUGUCUGUCUGUGUGCUGUCCUACUGUCCUUGUCCUGUCCUACUGUCCGUCCUGUUGUGUCCUGGUCCUAUGUCCUGUCUUGUGUCCUGUCCUACUGUCCUGUUUCUGGCUCUGUCCUGGUGCGUCCUACUGACCUGUUCUGUUGUGUCCUGGUCCUACUGGUCCUGUGUGUGUCCUGGUCUACUGUCCAGUCCUGUUGUGUCCUGGUCUAUGUCCUGAUUUUCUGUGUCCUGGUCCUACUGUCCUGUUGGUGGUUCCUGGUCCUACGCCUGUCCUGUUGUGUCCUGGUCUUACUGCCUGUUUCUAGUUGUUCCUGGUCCUACGGUCCUGUUCCGUGUGUCCUGGUCCUACUGUCCUGUUCUGUUGUGUCCUGAUGCUACUUACCUGUUCUCGUGUGUCCUGGUCCUACUGUCCUGUUCUUGGCCUGUAGGUCCUGUCGCUGUGUCCUGGUCCUACUGUCCUGUCCUGUUGUGUCCUGGUCCUACUGUCUGUUCUGUAUGUGUCGUCUGUGUCCUGGUCCUAUGUCCUGUUGUGUCCUGGUCCUACUGUCCUGUUCUGUUGUGUCCUGAUCUACUGUACCUUUUCUGUUUUGUCUUGUCCUACUGUCUGUUCUGUUUGUGUCUGGUCCUAUUCUGUGGUCCUGUCCUACUGUCUGUUGUGUCCUGGUCCUACGUCCUGUCCUGCUUGUGUCCUGGUCCUACUGUCUGUUCUGUGUGUCCUGGUCUACUGUCUGUUCUGGUGUCCUGGUCCUACUGUCCUGUUUGUUGUCCUGGUCUACUGUCCUGUUCUGUUGUGUCCUGGUCCUACUGUCCUUUUCUGUUUUGUCGUGGUCCUACUGUGCUGUUCUGUUGUGUCGUGGUCCUACUGUUCUGUUGUGUCCUGGUCCUACUGUCCUGUUGUGUCCUGGUCCUACAGUCCUGUCCUGUGUGUCCUGGUCCUACUGUCCUGUUCUGCUGUGUCCUGGUCCUACGGUCUGUUCUGUUGUGUCCUGGUCCUACUGUCCUGUUCUGUUGUGUCCUGGUCAUACUGUCCUGUUUCUGUGUCUCUGUCUACUGUCCUGUUCUGUUUUGUCCUUGUCCAUACUGUCCUGUUCUGUUGUGUCCUGGCCUACUGUCCUGUUCUGUUGUGUCCUUGUCAUACUGUCCUGUUCUGUUGUGUCCUGGUCCUACUGUCCUGUUCUGAUGUGUCCUGGUCCUACUGUCCUGUUCUGUUGUGUCCUGGUCCUACGGUCGUGUUCUGUUGUGUCCUGGUCCUACUGUCCUGUUCUGUUGUGUCCUGAGUCCUACUGUCCUGUUCUGUUGUUCCCUGUCAUACUGUCUGUUUGAUUGUGUCCUGGUCCUAUUUUGUCCUGUUUCUGUUUGUUUGUCCUGGACCUACUGUCCUGUUCUGUUGUGUCCUGGUCCUACUGUCCUGUUCUGUGUGUCCUGGUCCUACGUCGUCGUGUCCUGUUGUUGUCCAUGUUUGGUCAACUGUCCUGUCCUGUUGUGUCCUGGUCCUACUGUCCUGUCUGUUGUGUCGUGGUCCUACUGUCCUGUUCUGUGUGUCCUGGAUCCUACGGUCCUGUUCUUUGUUGUUGUCCUUCUGUCAACUGGUCCUGUUCUGUUGUGUCCUGGUCCUACUGUCCUUGUUGUGUCCUGGUCCUACGGUCCGUGUUCUGUUGUGUCCUGUCCUACUGUCCUGUUCUGUUGUGUCCUGGUCCUAUGUCUGUUCUGUUGUGUCCUGGUCCUACGUCGUGUUCUGUUGUGUCCUGUCCUGUUGUUGUCCUGUCCUACUGUCCUGUUCGUUGGUCCUGUCACGUCCUGUCUGUUGUGUCCUGGUCCUACUGUCCUGUUCUGUUGUUUGGUCACUGUCUGCCUAGUGUCCUGUCUCUGUUUGUGUCCUGGUCCUACUGUCCUGUUCUGUUGUGUCCUGGUCCUACUGUCCUGGUCCUACGUUCUGUCCUGUCUGUGUCCUGGUCCUACUGUCCUGUCUGUGUGUCCUGGUCCUACGGUCCUGUUCUGUUGUGUCCUGUCUACUGUCCUGUUCUGUUGUGUCCUGGUCCUACUGUCGCUGUUGUGUCCUGGUCCUACUGGUCGUGUUCUUUGUGUCCUGGUCCUACUGUUCCUGUUGUGUCCUGGUCCUACUGUCCUGUUCUGUUGUGUCCUGGUCCUACAUGUCCUGUUACUGUUGUUCUGUCCUGUGGUCCUGGUCCUACUGUCUGUUCUUGUGUUCUGGUCAUACUGUCUGUCUGUUGUGUCCUGGUCCUACUGCCCUUCCAUCUGUUGUGUCUGGUCCUACUGGUCCUGUUCUGUGUGUCCUGGUCCUACUGUCCUGUUCUCUAGUUUGUGUCUGGUUCUACCGUCUGGUCCUACGUCUGUACGAUGGUUGUCCUGGUCUAAAAGGUGCCUGUGGAGUCCAGUCUCUGUCCUGUCCUACUGUCCUUCUCCUUUGUGUCUCCUGGUCCUACUGUCCUGUUCAUUCCCUCUCCUGGUCCUCCCCCUGAUCCUGUUCAUGUGUGUCCUGUCCACUGUCCUGUCUCUUAGUGUCCUAGGUCCUCUGUCCAUGUCUCGCUCUUCCAUGUCUACUCCCUGUCCUAGUCCAUGUCCUGUUCUCUCUCCGUGUCCUCUGUCUCUACUGUCUCAUCGCUUCCUGGCCUCAUCCUUCCCUGUCCUCACGUUCUCAGUGUCCUGGUCCUAUGCUCCUUGUCCUAUGCCUCUCCAUGUUCUCGUCCUCAGCUCUUCCAUGUCCUCAUGCUUCUCCUGUCCUUGGUCCUACUGCUCUCCUUCUGCUGGUGUACUGAUGUUUCAAUUCCUGCAUCUCUCUCUGCUGUCUCAUCAUCUGACAUGGCUCGUGUCUAUCGACUACUCCAUGUCCUCACAGCCCUCAUGUCAUGGGUCACAAGCUCUCUCAUUCCUCAUCCUCUCCUCAGUCUCUCUCUCUCCCUCACUCUGCUGUCUCCUGCUUUCUCUUUACUCCUGCUCAUCAAUGCUCCCUCCCUCUCCUCUUCUCCCUCCAUCGUUCCUCUCGCUCAUGUAUCUGGCUCUCAUCAAUGUCCUAAUGCUCUCUCCAAUGUCCUAAUCUCUCUCAUGUCCUCAUCGCUCUCUCCAUGUCCUCAUCUCUCUCUCCAUGUCCUCAUCUCUCUCUCCAUGUCCUCAUCGCUCUCUCCAUGUCCUCAUCGCUCUCUCCAUGUCCUCAUCUCUCUCUCCAUGUCCUCAUCGCUCUCUCCAUGUCCUCAUCGUGUCCUCAUCGCUCUCUCCAUGUCCUCAUCGCUCUCUCCAUGUCCUCAUCGUGUCCUCAUCGCUCUCUCCAUGUCCUCAUCGCUCUCUCCAUGUCCUCAUUGUGUCCUCAUCGCUCUCUCCAUGUCCUAUCGUGCCUCAUCGCUCUCUCCAUGUCCUCAUGCUCUCUCUCCAUGUCCUCAUCCUCUCUCCAUGUCCUCAUCGUGUCUCAUCGCUCUCUCCAUGUCCUCAUCCUCUCUCCAUGUCCUCAUCGUUCUGUCUCAUCAUCCAUCUCUCUCUCCAUGUCCUCAUCUCUCUCUCCAUGUCCUCAUCUCUCUCUCCAUGUCCUCAUCUCUCUCUCCAUGUCCUCAUCUCUCUCUCCAUGUCCUCAUCGCUCUCUCCAUGUCCUCAUCGCUCUCAUGUCCUCAUCUCUCUCUCCAUGUCCUCAUCUCACUUGUCUCACUGGACUUUCCCCCCCCCCCCAUCUUUCCACUCUUUCAUCCCUCUCCCUCUUCUGGGUUGGGUGUCUCCUACAGCACACUGCUGCAAUCAUUAUCUGUCUCAUUGUCACACUCCUCCACAUCACAGUGAAGAGUAAAGAGAUGUAUCUCUGUAUCUGAAGACAGCUCAGAGGCUGUGUAUGGCUACAGCUUCAGCGGUUUGCACUCAGCCAUGGUCAGGAAUAGAGCCAUUUUAGACUGAGGAUGCAGAGGAGGCAGAAACAUCUACCCAAAGAGAUGGAGAGGUGGAUAAAUAUAGAGUGUGUGUGCACACGUGCGCAGGAGGGCAAAGUGAAGAUCUUUAGGUUCAUGAUCCCAACCUUAGGUUCUGGCCCUUACUGGUGUUGGCCCUGUAAGAAAAAAUAUCCCCUGCUCUCUCUCUCUCUCUCUCUCUCUCUCUCUCUCUCUCUCUCUCUCUCUCUCUCUCUCACGUAACUAUUGCUGCUCUCUGAGCUCAGGGCAGCGUUUUCCUUUGAUGUGCUCUAAGCUCCAAAUCCCUGCCUGGGUUUCUGCUUUAUCAUUUACACUGAAACUAGCACGGGGAAAAGUCCCACUCCCCCCCCCCCCCCCCCCCCCCCCCACUUAGACUCCCCCACUUAGAGACUGACACUUAGAGACUCCCACUUUCUGGAUGGAGGGAGCACAGGUGGAAUCUUGUCACAGUCAGACUGGAUUUAAUUAUAUUUGAGUAUCUGGUAUUUAAAAUAUUUGUUUCUGUAUAUUUGAGUAUUUUCAAAAUACACAUCCCAGAAUAAGUAAUUUUAUUUGAGUAUUUGAAUGGCUAUUUGAAAAACCAAAUAUAGGAACAGAAAGGAGGAUACCUAGUCAGUUGCACAACUGAAUACAAGUAUUUCAGAGGCAACAGUAUACUGGCCUACUACCUGAGUCUACCUCAAGAACAGUGAUUGAUAUUUAUGGUCAUGGUGAACAACAGUGUCACCUCACAUUAGUGCAGUACAGGGACAGAGUAGAAGUUGAACGCUGCUCAUCCCUGAACACCAGGAAGUUUGUUUCUUAGUAUUCAGCAACUCUGCUCUGCUCUUUCUCACACAGUCAUGCGUGUAGCUGCACAGAUGGAAAUGGCCUCUGACACUGCUGCUCAAGAGUAAUGCUCACAUAACUACUUCAGUCACUUUGUGUUGCUUGGGUCUGUUCCCAUCUCUUCUCUGAUCCUCCAACUCACUGGUCUGUGGCAGCGAUGUUCUAUAUAUGUUUGCUGUGUGUGUAUUGCAGUGUGUCUUUGUGUAAAUGUAUGUUCUAUGUCAGUUUGUGUGUGUGGAUGUGUGUAGAGCAGCUGUUGUCUCUCCUCCAGUGCUGUAUGUAUGGCUAACCCUCAGCCAUGUCCCAUGGUCCAGUCAUAUGCUCACACUGCCCCCUGCUGCCUCCCAGGUCACACUGCAGCUCGUAAAUCUGUCCGGAGGGAAGGUAACAGAGUGAAUGGACAGGGAAGGGCAGCAGUCGUCUCUCUAUCCCGAUCAAUGGGAACCUCUUACAUUUUGAGAGGGUGUCUAGGAGGGAUGAGAUGGGCUGUCUCCCCAGGGGCAAACACACACACCGCCCCCAGACACCAGCAGGAACUUGAAGGAAAGAUCAAUCACUCUUAAACCCCCCCCCCAAAAAAAAAAAAAAAAAUUAUAAUAAUAAUUGUAAAGUGGUUGUCCCACUGGCAAUCUUAAGGUGAAUGCAACAAUUUGUAAGUCGCUCUUGAUAAGAACGUCUGCUAAAUGACGAAAAUGUAAUGUAAAAUGUUAAAAAGCCAAAGGUUUAAUAAGGUGCUACUUGCAUUCUGUUUGAUAAUGAUUGAUCAUUUGUUCGUUUGACUAUACACUCUGGUCAGUUUAUUUGAUGGGACUUUUAGGAGGAAAGCAAUAUAAUAUAAAAUAUAAUAUAUUAUAUAAUAUAAUACCGGAGAAGAGUGAAAGGAAAAGAGGAAGGGAAGAUCAUCACCAGGCCUUCCUUCCUCCUCCCAUCAGUUCUCUACCAGGGUCCAUUCUCUGCUUUAUAAUAGGAUGUCUGAGUUAACGGGCUCCUUCUGCCUCCCAUAAAGAGGAGCUGUUUCACAUUGUUCUGGUCUGCAGUGUCUGCAGUAAUGGGUGGUUUUGUGCUCCUCUGCUUCAAUUCCACUCCCUGACUAUCAGGAGAGAUUUAAAUGGUCUUGCUAGAAGUCAUUUCUCCAACACGAUGGUUUUGUGAUUCUAGCCGGACUGUUUUGGUGCUCAAUCUAACCUGUCCCUUGUGGAUUCUGCUGGUCUACAUUGACCUGGUUGACGUUGGAAUCUGUUGUUGCUCUUGUUGUUUGAUUGACAGGUGAAGAGUGUGUUCAACAUGACGGCCAAAGAGGGCAGGAAAAGGUCAAUCAGCUGCCUGGUCGCUGUCGGCAAUGGGAACGGGGCCGCAGGUGAGUCCAAAUGAAGGCUGGAACAAAAGCCUGCUGGAGGGUGGCUCUGAGUUCAAUGUCUCAAUCUACCUUCUCCUCAGUGUGUCGCUUGAAAGCUUUCAGUUCACUGAGACAGAUGAGUGAAAAGUGUCUCUUAUAUUUUUGGCAGCCGACUAACAAUAUCUAUGAUUAUAAUGCAUUAUGGUUUUGAAUGUGAUUGGUUUAUCUGUUGAAGCUGUCAUCUUAAUUAAUUAGAUUUUAUCCAGCAUGUUCCACCUAACUGUCAAGUGACAGCAGCAUGGAAAGAGCAGCGAUAAAGUAAUCUGAUAUGGAAACUGACGGGCAGUGAAGCUGAGGGGGAUAAAACCCAAAACAUAAUUCUAAAGAAGAAAAUAAAGUUAAAUAGCUAGACUUAUUUCCAUCUGUUCUUCGGCAGGUUUUGCCUUGGGUAAAGCGGCAGACCGUCAAACUGCACUGAGAAAGGUAAGACAUGGCCCUCUUACCUGGAAAAUACCCACACUGGCACUGUACACAAUGAGAAUACCAAACAUUAGGAACACCUUCCUAAUAUUGAGUUGCACCCCCUUCUGCCCUCAGAACAGCCUCAAUUCGUCAGUGCAUGGACUCUACAAGGUGUCGAAAGCGUUCCACAGGGAUGCUGGCCCAUGUUGGCUCCAAUGCUUUCCACAGUUGUGUCAAGUUGGCUGGAUGUCCGUUGGGUGGUGGACUGUUGAGCAUCAAAAACCCAGCAGCAAUGCAGUUCUUGACACAAACCGGUGAGCCUGGCACCUACUACAAUACCCCGUCCAAAGGCACUUCUAUUUUUUGUUCACCCUCUGAAUGGCACACAUACACAAUCCAUGUCUCAAUUAUCUCAAGGCUUAAAAAUCCUUCUUUAACCUGUCUCCUCCGCUUCAUCUACACUGAUUGGAGUGGAUUUAACAAGUGACAUCAAUAAGGGAUCAUAGCUUUCACCUGGUCAGUCUAUGUUAUGGAAGGAGCAGGUGUUCCUAAUGUUUUGUACACUCAAUGUAUAUGUGUUUAAUUAUGGAAGAGACAGUGUUGAACACUGACAAUGGUCUUCUUCCCAUAACAGGCCAAGAACCGAGCAGUUCACUAUCUGUACUACAUUGAGAGAUACAACGACCACACCAGUAAGUCACUGUGUGUGUUGGUCUCUGCGAGUGUGAGAUCAGAAUGUGUGAGUCUUUCUCUCCUCCUUCCCCUCCUCAUCCUCCUUCCCCUCCUCACCCUCCUUCCCCUCCUCCUCACCCUCCUUCCCCUCCUCCUCACCCUCCUUCCCCUCCUCACCCUCCUUCCCCUCCUCAUCCUCCUUCCCCUCCUCACCCUCCUUCCCCUCCUCAUCCUCCUUCCCCUCCUCACCCUCCUUCCCCUCCUCAUCCUCCUUCCCCUCCUCACCCUCCUUCCCCUCCAGGAACAUAGACCUGUAGAACAUAGACCUGUAGAACAUUGAUCUGUUUGGCUAACAUGGUUUUUAUUCUGACUGUCUGAACAGUAAACCAGGCUUUUUUCUAUGUUUUAUUCUGUCUGAACAGUGAACCAGGCUUAUUUUCUAUGUUUUAUUCUGACUGUCUGAACAGUGAACCAUGCUUAUUUUCUAUGCAAACCCCUGUACUUUUUACAUUGACAUUUUUAGUCAUUUAGCAGACGCUCUUAUCCAGAGCGACUUACAGUUAGUGAGUGCAUACAUUUCUCAUACUGGCCCCCCGUGCGAAUCGAGCCCACAACCCUGGCGUUGCAAGCGCCAUGCUCUACCAACUGAGCUACACGGGACACCGUACUUUAAGUGAGCGAGCUCAAAUAAUAUCUUAUCUAUUCCCUCAACAGACUAAUCAAACUGCAUAUUUACAACACUGCACAAAAUAAGUUAAAUAUUGAACACAUAACAAAAUACGUCAACAGUAAUGUUCUUGCUAACAGUUUUCUACAGAGGGGUGGUUGCUGCAAAUUGCUAGAUCAAAGACAAGUUUUUCUCUCUGUAGGGUUUGUUUCAUUCUCUUGCUGUAAGUGUGUCUCUGUGUUAAUUACACACACACUGAAAGAGGCUGUUCCUGACAGGCCCGGACCUCCUGCAGCUACUGUAAAUGUUCUGUUCUGUGGGUGAUGUGUUUGUGACCAGGCCGGCCCAGACUAACACAGGACAGGCUGGCUCUUUGACUCCUGUCACUAACCCACUCAGUCACACUCACUCAAGGUUCUGACUCAUCGCCCAUGGCUCAUCAGGAGAGAAAAUGACCCCCUAUUCCCUGUUUAGUGCACUUUGUUGGCCAGAGGUAAAGGGCAGCGCUGGCUGGGGUGAGCUGAUGACUGACAGCUAGGUUGACUUGGAUGUUUUUUUUCUUUGUAACAGUUUACCAUGAUAUCAAUUCCACCUUCAAGAGGACCACCCUACUCAUGAAGAAACAGCAUAAAAGUGUAGUAGAGCAUUUGUGUGUGUGUGUGUGUGUGUGUGUGUGUGUGUGUGUUUUCAUGGCUGCCCUAACAAGCUGUGCUCAACCCAGAGGAGCAACAAGUUGAUGAGAGUUCAACUGACAGACCACUUAGCCCCCAGCACUAAGAAACGAUACCAUGUAAAUGCUGCUCUCGUACACACACACACACACACACACACACACACACACACACACACACACACACCAACAGUAUCUCUGAUACAGUUCACACAUUUACUCAAACACAUACACACAGUCUUGAACACAAAUCUACUCACACCCACAUCUCUCAUUUACACCCUGUCAUGUAAACAGUCUCACACAGCAUCGGAAGCAGGGGUGUUGUGUAAAGGAUAAUGAAACUCCAAUGUAGUAGUCAGAGACACGGGGGCCUCUAUCUUCAGGAGGAGUAUCAACUCAGAGGACCUUUGUCCUCACACAGCAACACUAGACUCCCUUGUGAAUGUUGCCGUUUGGAAGUCUGGACUGGCAAAGUAUUAUGUUACCUCGUGUAUGAGUUCAUUUGCUUCUGUGAGUGUCAUUUGUGUGCAAUGGAAUGGAGUCAUUAACACUGUGAUAGGCUAGUCUGGCUAGUCUAACAUGUCUCUGUCAGGUUACGGACUACACUGUCACCGCGCAGUCAUCACCAUCUGUAAGCUGAUUGGUGUAGAGGACAUGUACGCCAAGGUAGAGGGCUCCGUCAACCUACUCAACAUCACCAGGGCUCUAUUCACCGGACUGGCCAAUCAGGUGAGCCGCUGUCAGCAUCGUCAGAGUUGCCUGCUGUUCUCGGCCAAUCCCCGGGACUCUUCCUGCAAAAACAUAGUCAUGAGCUCUGAACAUAAACAAACACACACACACUGAUUUACACUAACCCUCUCCCCUUCUCUCUCUGUAGGAGACUCACCAGUCCCUGGCUGAAAAGAAGCAGCUCCACGUGGUAGAGUUUCAGCCGGAGCGCGGGCCCCUGCCCCUCAUCGUGGCCACCCCUAAGAAGGGAGUGCGUCCUGACCCCGAACCCGAGGAAGAGAUCCCCAACACGCGGCUCAACUGGGACGACGUCCGUGCUGCUCAGGGCAUGAAACGCUCAGUCUGGGCCGGGGUCAAGAGGACCAUC